GUGGUCAGGAUGCUACGACACCGUGGUCCACCCUGAAGAGUUCACAAGAAUUGUGGCUUCUCCAGUGUUUCUUCGCUUGAUCACAUUCUCACCAGAAGUUGAGAAAACUGAGAGGCACAGUCUGUGGAAACUGCACCCUCUAAAAACCCUCAACAAAUGUAAGCUAUUGUCUUAAUUCUCCUGAUAGUGUAUGUUCCUCUGACCGUCGGACCUGGGUCCGGCCAAUGCUAGCCCCGGGCAAGAUUCCAGGCUGUGUUUUGCUCCACUUCUGGCAAAAUCUUCCCUUUCGCCCUCGAAGGUUUCCUGCGGAUACCAUGACGGUCACGGUGGUGUAUGAUAACUCCGAGGCCACCGAGCUCUGUGCGGCUCAGCACCUCUACCUCAAGCCCAUAGCAAAGCUGAUGAUCAGCGUCCUGCUCCCGGAGAGCACGGAACCCACGAGGCCCUUCUCCAACUGGGAGGUCCUUGACCAGCUGAAGAGCCUGAUUUGCCCCGACCAGUUCACCACCGUCCGGCUCUCCAAGAGCACCAAGGACUUCAUCCGCUUUGAGGGGGAGGCCGAAACACGAAGUUUGGUUCAGAUCCUGAAGGCCAAGUUACACGGGAAGCUCAUCAAGCUAAACGGGCUGAAAACAGACCUGAGAGUCGUGGCCACAGAUGCCCAGGGAGAGUGGGAACACUUCCCCAAGGAAAGGGGGGCCCUGUCGGCUGAUGGGCCCGAGGAGCAGGACCAGGAUAAGAGCCCAGAUUCCAUAUACUUUGAAGGCCUACCCUGCAAGUGGUUUGCACCUAAAGGUUCCAGCGGGGAGAAGCCAUGCGAGGAGAUCCUUCGGGUGGUCUUUGAAAGUUUUGGGAAGAUCAAGAAUGUGGACAUUCCGAUGCUCGACCCCUACCGAGAAGUCAUGACCGGUGGGAGCUUUGGGGGGCUCAGCUUCGGCUUGCAGACGUUCGAGGCCUUUAUACAGUACCAGGAGUCCACGGACUUCGUAAAGGCCAUGGAGUCCCUGCGAGGGAUGAAGCUGAUGCUUAAAGGGGAUGAUGGGAAGGCUCUGGCGUGUAACAUCAAGGUUAUGUUCGAUACAACCAAACACUUCAGCGAAGGCGCUAUAAGAAGGCGGAAUCAAGAAAGGCUGAAAUUACAGGAGCUAGAGGAAGAAAGGAAAAAAGAAAAGAAGAGAGAAGAGGAAGAGGCUGAAAGAAAAAGAAGAGAGGAGGAGAGGAAAGCCCAGGAAAAGAGGAAAAAGGCCAGGGUCAGGAGGCGCGCCCUGAAGGAGAGACACCGGCAAAGGAAACAGAAGGACCCCACCAGAGGCGAGGCACCUCUGGAGGCCGCCCCGGCGGAGCACUGGGAGGAGAGGAAGGACCUGCUGGCUUGGAGGCGGGUGGAGGCCCUCCGGCUGCUGCGGGCGCUCCUGAGGAAGAUUGCAGAGCCCAUGUGGUUUCAUCCACAGGUGGUAGAUGUUGCAGGCUCCGGAGCUGAUCGUGCUGCAGGGACCACAUCGGGAGGUGCGACGAAAGAAGAGUUAAACACACAGUAUCUUCAAAACCAGGAGGAGGUGCCAGGAUACCAGGUUUCCAAGUCCGACACCAAACGAAGACAAAAAAUGAAGAAAAGAGGAAGGGCUCACCAGCGUAAAUCUUCCCCCCAUCAUGGGGGGAAAAAGUUAAGAUAUUCAGUUAGAAAAGAGAGACCUGGAAAGUUAUUAUCCAAUGACCACAACCACAGUUUGGUCCCCGACCCGAAGGCCUCACCAAUUGCAAUGAUUCAGGGUCCGUCUCUUGAGAAAGAAGACCCCCAUGGUUCUGAUAAGUCCUGUUCUCCCGGAUUAUCCGAGAGAGACCGUGGCAGGAAACAGAAGAUCUAUGAAACCGACGAAUUUAUUGAUUAUCUUCUAAACUAUUAUCAAACUCCAAAAUAUGCCCGUAUCUGCCUAGAGCCCUGUCACACAACAAGCACGUGUCAGUGGCAGAGGGCUGUCCGUGUUAAAGGAAAUGGCUUUCAAAUCAGUCUGAGAAAACGGAAGUGUCCCUCAACCAGUGUGAGCCAAAGGCAAAGCCUGGGCAGCAGCGAACAGGUGCAAGAAGAUGAUCCCUGGCCAAAGACGUGGCUUCCGGAUCCUGGGCAGAGACCCCAAGAGAGAGGGCACGUGGAUUACGCUGCGGAACGGACUCAGGACUUUCAGUAUCUCUGCAAGGACACGGCCAGGGAAGCUGGUGAUCAGCUGUCCCCACCAGACGGAAGGAGCCAUCUGUUGGAAAAGACGCACGCUCACCAGGUCAGAGAGUCCAGAUCCCCAAGUCCGAGCCAGGUUUCUUCGCCUAGCGGGUCGGCAGACUUGGAUUUGGAGCUGACAGAUUUCUUAGAGGAAAUCAGCAGUGAUUCUGAAUGCUUCAGCGAAAUCCUUAGCGAAAACCAAGAGGAGAAGGAGAAGUCUGUGGCCACGGAGGAUAGCUCCCCGGAGCAGGGGUCGCUUGACGCAGAUGAAGGCACCCCUUGUGAUCCAGAAACGAGGUCAAGUCCGCAGCCCUUGUACGCACAGUGGAAAGAUGAUGGGGAGAAAAGACACUCUCCGUACAAGCUCAGGAAACCGGGCAAGAGGUCUCAGUAUGAACCGAGAUGUUCAUGGCUUGAGGAUGAAAACGAGUCCAUGACCGAUGAGAAGGGCAACAGCAGAAGGAGGGAAGUACCAGCCCCCAGGUACUUGUUUGAUAAAGGCUACUGCCACGAAUCCCGUCCCGGCGCGCAAUUCGACAACAUGGCCAGAAAGAGGAGGCGGUUGACUGACGGUACCUUUGACUAUAGGCCCUUUCGUGUGCCAAUGACAUCAUCCAAAAGGGCUAAUGCUUCCUACCUGAUGGAUUUUCCCAAAAGAAGAGAGACUCUGCGGCAGUCAGAAUAUACCCAGGAAGCAAGAAGGUUUGAGAGACACGACAAUUCCAAAGAGGUCACGCUGAAUUCUGUCAAUUAUUAUGUUCGACAGAACAGUCAGGAGCACAUGGACUAUGGAAGCUGCUUUGGAAACAACUACACUAGUUCUUUCUACUUUCCAAUGUUUUGAGGGUCUCUUAGGCCACGAUACCCUUAUUCACGGUGAAAAGAUUUGCAAGAAGAAAAUGUAAAACCAAACGUAGCCAUGUAGAUAGCAGCCACAGAGCAAGAGAGCAACUCUUAGGAGCUUUGCGCAAGGUCAAAUGCAAAACCCUGUUGGUCUUGCCAAAGGAUAGAUCAAAGCGACUGCAGGUGUGUUGGCAGGCUUUGGAAACGCACAACAUCCCGAUCCUGAAGCUUGGUAAAACAAUGUGCUUACAAAACCUCUUUAUUCAAGAACAGGCAUUUCUAUAGUUCGAGGGCAACUCUAAUUGGGUGCCGGCAAAGGAGCAACUUAACAUGGAGAGGAGUUAAGAUAGCCUUCUGUGGCUCUGUAGCUAUCAUAACGUUAUCAUUUAGUAUCAUUUAUCUUCCAAGGGGAUGGCAAUGAAACAAUAAGAGUCUUUUCGCUUGUUCUUUGAUUUGGUCAGAGCGCCAUGUUCAGCAACCAACUUUUCCUGACUUUGGUCUGUCUAAAAAUUCUUAUAGAUAAAAGAAGAGAGACGACAGCUAGAACAUUAAACGGACUUCUUCAUGACAUUAGAGGGUUUCAUGAGCACCCACCCAAAGGACAUUAAUCUUGUGAAUAUGUUCAUAGGACUCAAAGGGUUGUCCUUUUAGAAACAAAGCCUUAGAAGGAGAAUCUGAAAGGGGCUCCGAUUGCCCUGUGAGGCUGAAAUAGGUAGUGAACCAUCUGCAGAGUUGUUUUUUGGGGAGAACCCCCCUGUCAUUCCAUCCUAGAAAAGCAACAGGAUUGAGGUGAUACAGCAUGGGAUUUGCAAAAGGAAAUAUCGAACCAUGCUGGGGCACCCAUAAUGGCACUCGCUUGGGAAGAGAGGGCGUGACAGUAUUCCAUUUCAGGUUAUGUAAUCCUUUCACUCAGGGUUGGGUGACAUCAGUUUGUAAAAAGCCACUGAAUAUCCCCAAACUGACUUUUAUAAAACAGUAACAAGUGCCUCAUCAAUCCUCAAUGCCAUGGAGUUAGGAAGAGUCAAGGGCAAAGCCCAUACUUUUCUAGCUGGGGAAAAAUUGUAUGUGUGCAGGAUUUGUAAACUCUUAACAUAAGCAAUUUAUCUUUUUACCUACCGGUUUUGGACCUCUUGAAUAUGUUUUUAAAUUGAGAUAUUUUAUAGAUUCGUAGAGACUCACGUCUUAAUGCAGCGCACGUUCCGUGGAAAGCUCGGCUGAUUUCAUUCUGCCUUAUGUUGGAUUUCGGACUUCAGGGGGCAGUAGAUGGCUUUUCUCUUCCAACCAAGCGUUAGCUGACGUGGCAAUUGAUGACAUCAGUAAGAUCAGACCGCCUGCAGCAGGGAAAGGUGAUUUUAAUCCACCGAAGUAGUGGAAGGCAGCAUUUUCACAUGACAUGAGUCAUUUCAAACAGUCUUGAUGGUCUGGAAAAGUACCAGCUGAUAAAGCCAAGGCAAGCGCAGAAUGACGAGGCGACCUGGUAUCUGAAGCGGCUAUAAAAUCUUCAAAUUAAUCUCAAGUAAGAGUUGUUUCGUUGAUCUCUUCUAAUCACACCGGCUAGAGGUCCGCCAGCACAGGCAAAAGUUCGGAAAUGAAUGUUACAUAGCAGAUAAAGUUUAUUAUUCACAUGAUGAUAACCAAUGACUGAUCUUCAUUCGGUUCUACUUGCAAGCCAGUGACUCUGCCAUCCAAACCAGGAUGGGCUUCUGUCAAAUCUGAAAAAAUCGCUCCUAGGAUGAGUGCCUUUUCUCCUCUGAGGACUAGUAAUGACUCUUAAUGUUCAGCGUACUGUUGUCCGGAGUAGCCUUUUAAACUACCAACAGCUUGUAUUUUUGUCAGAUAACUUUUGGUAACCAGGUAUUAUUCUCCUCCAAUGAGACCCCACCUCCUUAUUUUUUCGUGUUUUUGUGCCCUUGAAACAAAGAACGUAAUGGGUUUGUAAUGGAAAGCAGCUAUGCUUGCUUUGGGGGAAAAAAAAAAAUCUCAAUCUCUUCUGUCACUUCAUUUUUCUUUGCAGAGAUGUUAGGCAUGAAAACGGUUUGCUGCUCAGUAACCAGACCUUAAAAAAAGAAAUUGCAGAAUACAGCAUGUAUAAUUAAAAGUUAUUUUGUAUAAUAGAACUGGUGCUAAGUCACUUCCAUAUAAUAUUUUUGUCUUGUUUGGUUUGCUAAACACCAUCCUGUGACCUAGAAGAAAGCGAAAAUACUGGUUUUAUGUUUACUUUCCGUACAACCUUGGAUGUUUAUGUCUUGUGGUAAAUGCAUUCUAGAUUUGAGUAAACCUCUUUUUUUUUUUUUGGUGUGUGUAAGCCUUGAACGAAGAAGAGAACAACUUAUGCCGAACUUUUCGAAUAAACGGCUUGGUAAGGGACGAGAUAGAAUGGAAGAUGCUGUAAUCCCUUUCUGAUAACAUUGUUAUUCUUCGUUGUGCUGUUAUUUAAGUGGUGCAGAAGUAUUUUCUCCCAUCGUUUUUUGAUGUCCAACUAAGUAAGGGCCUGAACUUUAAACUGCGUCUUUUUCAAUAGAUGUUUUCAUGUUUCCCCUUGUAUGUGCUGCAAUAGUGCUCUAAGAAAGCUAAAAAAAUCUGUCAAUGUGUUUUUGUUCAAUUUGCUUGAAUUUCUCAGGUAGAAAGCCAUAUCACCUGGUCAUUUUGAAAAUAAGAACCAAAUAAAUGUAUUUGUAUUUGUUGCAAGA